CCCAGCGAUGGGAGAGCGUGUGGAAAAGCGACAGGGAAAAUUGGGGGGAUGUGGAUUACAUCUCGUACUCCCAUUGGCCACCAUCAUUAUCCUUGCUGCGCAGGCGCAGGCUAUGACGUCAUCAGCUGUCGUGAAGGACGAAACUUUGGGGGAUGCUGCACUGACAUCGCAUUCAGCAGCCAAAAUCCUUGAAGACGUCCAAACCAUCAGCGCAGUUCAGGAUUGGAGUUUGCUGUGUAAAGAGCUCUGCGGAGCUGGCCUGGGCGUUGCUUCAACGCCUGAUGUGGCCAAGAACACGAUCCUGAGACCGGAGUCGGAUGUGGCCAAGUGCCGGCAACUGUGUGGACUGCCUAGGGGUGAAACGGGCGACUUGGUCUGCUCGAGCUUCUGUCGUCAGAGGGGUCACUCGCUGCCCGGAUGCAGUCCCUGCCAGCAGGAGGUGCGCAGGAUGAAGGAGGCGAAGGAGAAUGAGGAAAAGGAGAAGGAGGAGGAGGUUCGAAAGGACGAGGAGAAGGCCAGUGGAGUGCUGGGCGAUCCAACACACGGUUCCAGAGUCGCGGAGAAUGCAGAACGGAGAUCGGUCGACGAUGCACUGUGGACAGUGACCACAGUGGCCGUGGCAGCCGCCUCGGAUACGGAUACGACGACCACUCCGGCUCCGGACUGGGACGAAGUGUGCAAGGUGCUCUGCAAGACUGGCGAUGGCGGGUCUUUGUGCAACUGUGAUUUAUCGCCGUUCUUCAGCUGAGCGAUCCCCACCUUCCUGAGGGGAUCGCUACCGAUGGAGGCGCUAAAUCACAAACCCAUAUAUAUGGAUCGAGAAUUAUCUGAUGUUUUGUUGUUCUUCGUUUUUGAACUUCAGUUAGUGCUAUUGUUGUCAUGAAAAAGUAUCUCCCAUAUAUAAUCUAUAUCGGAAAACUUGUUACGAAAGUUUAGUUAAAUACUGUAAAGAGAUAAACAAAAAACUAUAGAAAAAUCAACAAAAAAAACACACAAAAAAAAACAAUUCAAUAUAAAUAAUACAUAGAGAAGAAUAUACGAGGAGGAGGAGCAAGCAAAAAAAAUUCCCUAUGCGAAUCAAUUAAUUUGUAACUAAUUUCAAUUACAACUAACUAUAGAAAGCUAUAGAGUAAGCAAGGGGGCACCAUGCCCCCAACUCGGAAACAGCAGAAUCACGCAGGGCUUCCAGUGCGCCGCCUCGGAGGAUGAGGAUCCCCAACCAAAGGAAUCCAAAGCCCUCCGGACGGACACAACCCGUAUUUAGAUGAUUAGUCAAGGAAUUGGACUGAGGAGACACAAGAAGAACAACCAAUUAAUAUCAAUGUACACAACAUAUCGUGCGGUAAACACUA